UUGUCGAUUAUUCGCAAUUCUCUUCUUUCCUUUUUUCCUGUUGCCUCGCCAUUUAUUUCCCUUAUAAUCCAAUACUUUUGCUGCUUGUCUAGCAACUGUUACUCCCCGUAUUUUUCUUAAUUUCCUCUACUCUCCCCAUCAUUGGCCAUGGCAGAGAAUAAUACUGAAAAGCCUCCCCAACAAAAUCUCGACGGCAACCUUACGACGUUGACCGUCGAAGAACUUUACGAUAAGGACAAGUUCGAUCUUUCCACCAUGGAGCAAACCGACGUCUUCGUUCUCUUGCAGACGAGCACCGAUGGUUUGACCAGUGACGAAGCCGCUAAACGUAUCGAGAAGUUCGGUCACAACAAACUCGAACAGAAGGAAGUCAACCCUUUCCUUCAAUUCUUGGGCUUCAUGUGGAAUCCCCUUUCGUGGGUCAUGGAAGCCGCUGCCAUUGUCGCUAUUGCUAUGUCCAACGGUUUUGGCAAACCCCCGGAUUAUCCCGAUUUCAUCGGUAUUGUCCUUUUGCUUUUGGCCAACUCGAUCAUUGGUUUCAUGGAAGAACGUCAAGCCGGUAACGCUGUCAAGGCUCUCAUGGAGUCUCUUGCUCCUGAGUGUAAGGUCAAGCGUGAUGGUGAAUGGAAAACAAUGGAAGCCUCUGAACUUGUUCCCGGUGAUGUGAUCAGCAUCAAACUCGGUGACGUUAUUCCCGCUGAUGGUCGUUUGAUUACUGCUCACGGUCAAGUGUCUAUUGAUCAAGCUGCUCUUACUGGUGAAUCUCUUCCUGUUGGCAAGGAAGCCGGUGAUGAAGUUUUCUCCGGUUCCACUGUGAAACAGGGUGAAGCCGAAGCUGUCGUCAUUGGUACUGGUUUGAACACUUUCUUCGGUCGUGCUGCCAAGCUCGUUGGUGAUGCCUCUGAUGAUGUUGGUCACUUGCAGCAGAUUCUUGCCAACAUUGGUAACUUCUGUCUUUGCACUAUCGGUAUUUUCCUUCUCAUCGUCAUCAUUGUUCAAUGGGCUGCUUUCCAUUACGAUUACCGUCGUGGUGUUGAUAACAUGCUUGUCUUGCUCAUUGGUGGUAUCCCCAUUGCCAUGCCUACUGUCUUGUCCGUCACCCUCGCUAUUGGUGCCAAGCAACUCGCUGAACACAAGGCUAUUGUCACCCGUAUCACUGCUAUUGAAGAAAUGGCUGCCGUGACCAUCUUGUGUUCCGAUAAGACCGGUACUUUGACCUUGAACAAGUUGAUCGUCGAUAAGCCUACCAUCAAGCAAUACGCCGAAUUCGAUGGUGAUGAUAUUAUCCGUUUCUCCGCCUACGCUUCCCGUACCGAAAACCAGGAUGCCAUCGAUUUCUGUAUCGUCAACUCCUUGCCCGAUCCCAAGGGUGCCCGUGAAGGUAUCGAGGAAAUGCACUUUGAACCUUUCAACCCCGUCAACAAGCGUACCGAAGUCACCUACAAGAACUUGGCCGAUGGCAAGGUUUACCGUGCUACCAAGGGUAUGUCCCACACCAUCUUGGAUCUCUGCUCCCGUGAUAAGGACGAAGCUCAAAUCAAGGCUCUCAACGAUGAUGUCGAUGAGUUUGCUCGUCGUGGUCUCCGUGCUCUCGCUGUUGCUGUCGACGAAGUCCCCAGCGGUGAAGUUGACGGUGAAGGUCUCGGUAUGCGUCUUAUUGGUCUUUUGCCCAUCUACGAUCCCCCACGUUCCGAUACCAAGGAAACCAUUGACCGCGCUAUUGCUCUCGGUGUCCAGGUUAAGAUGAUCACUGGUGAUCAGCUUGCCAUUGCCAAGGAAACCGGUCGUCGUCUCGGUAUGGGUGAUAACAUGUUCUUGUCCAAGACUUUGAAGGAAGGUCCUCCUGCCGGUUCCGGUUACAGCGAUGUCGAUACUAUGGUCUUGCAGGCUGAUGGUUUCGCUGGUGUGUACCCCGAACACAAGUACGAAAUUGUCGAACGUCUCCAGGCUAUGAACCACAUGACCGCCAUGACUGGUGAUGGUGUUAACGAUGCUCCCGCUUUGUCCAAGGCUAACGUCGGUAUUGCUGUCGCUGAUGCCUCCGAUGCCGCUCGUUCUGCUGCCGAUAUUGUCUUGACUGAACCCGGUCUUUCCGUUAUCAUUGAAGCCAUCAUUGGUUCUCGCCAGAUUUUCCAACGUAUGCGCAACUACUCCAUCUAUACUUGCUCCGUCACCAUUCGUGUUGUCGUUGGUUUCUCCAUUCUUAUCUGGGCCUUCCAGCACGAUUUCCCUCCCUUCAUGGUUUUGAUUCUUGCCAUUUUGAACGAUGGUACCAUCAUGACUAUCUCUACCGAUCGUGUCAAGCCUUCUCCUUACCCCGAUGCCUGGAACUUGCGUGAAAUUUUCAGUUACGCCAUCGCUUACGGUCUCUACCUUACUGCUUCCACCGUUGUUUUCUUCGCUGUUAUCUUCAAGACCACUUUCUUCGAAGACAAGUUUGGUGUUGAGAACUACCACGAUGAAGCCAACCAUCCCAUCUUCCACUCCAUUGUGUACCUUCAAGUGUCGACCAUUUCUCAGGGUUUGAUUUUCGUCACUCGUUCCCGUGGCUGGUUCUUCACUGAACGUCCUUCCAUCAUGUUGUGCUGUGCCUUCAUUGUCGCCCAGUUGGUCGCUACCUUCAUUGCUGUCUAUGCCGACUGGCCCUUCACUAACAUCCAGGGCUGUGGUUGGGGAUGGGCCGGUAUUGCCUGGAUCUGGAACUUUGUCUGGUUCGCUCCUUUGGAUCUUAUCAAGUUCGGUAUGCAAAAGCUCUUCGAACCCAAGAACACCUUGCAGGAAACCAAGACUCCCAUGGCUGGUCAAUCUCGUCGCGCUUCCGCCAUGUCCGGUGCCUCUUCUGCCCGUUACUACGCUAACCGCACCAAGUCGCUCAAGUCCAUGGAACGUCCUCAGAACUUUGGCAAGAAGCUUUUGGGCAAGAAGAUGUCUUCCGAUCCCAAGGAAAUGCGUCGCUUCUCUUCUGUGCAGACUUCCCACGCUGCCCAGGUUUUGAACAGCAACAACAACUCAUAAUUUAUUUUAAAUCUUUUUUUUUCUUGUCUAUUCCCUUUUAUUAACGAUCCCUCUAUUACGUCUAUCCCUUUUUUUUGAAGCAGUCGGUUUCGUGUAUAUACACGUCUGAAUUGAUAAAAAGUGACGCUUAGUAGAGGUUUUUUUUUACAUGUAUUUUUUUUCUUUUUUCUUUUAGAAAACACUAUUAUUUUUCUUAGAGACUUAUCAUAAAACCACAUUAACAAGUAAAACGUACCAUUUCCUUUGCAACAUAUAUGAUCUUGCAAUGACUACAUUAUCUUGUUUCAUGAGCACAUCCCAAAUAUUCCCCUUGUCUUUUUUUCCCGCCCAAGAGUGCCCGUUUUAAAAUGAGAUGCUUUAGAACGAAAAUCUCGAACAAA